AUGGCGCGUGCAGAGGGCAGCAGGGCGCGCACAGGGCAGCAGGGCGCACAGGGCAGCAGGGCAGCAGGGCGCGCGGGGCGCACAGGGCUGCAGGGCGCGUGGGGUGCACAGGCAGCAGGGCAGCAGGGCGCACAGGGCUGCAGGGCAGCAGGGCGCGCGGGGCAAACAGGGCAGCAGGGCGCACAGGGCUGCAGGGCUGCAGGGCGCACAGGGCUGCAGGGCAGCAGGGCGCGCGGGGCGCGCAGGGCUGCAGUGCGCGCAGGGCGCGCAGGGCUGCAGUGCGCGCAGGGCACGCAGGGCAGCAGGACAGCAGGGCGCGCAGGGCGCGCAGGGCUGCAGGGCGCACGGGGCGCAGCAGGGCUGCAGGGCGCGCUGGGCGCGCAGGGCAGCAGCAAGGGCUAUAGCGGCAACAGCAAGGGCUGUAGCGGCAGCAGCAGGGCAGCAGGGCGCAGAGGGCUGCAGGGCAGCAGGGCGCACAGGGCUGCAGGGCAGCAGGGCGCGCGGGGCGCGCAGGGCUGCAGGGCGCGCGGGGCGCACAGGGCUGCAGGGCGCGCGGGGCGCACAGGGCAGCAGGGUGCACGGGGCGCGCAGGGCUGCAGUGCGCGCAGGGCGCGCAGGGCAGCAGGACAGCAGGGCGCGCAGGGCGCAGCAGGGCUGCAGGGUGCGCGGGGCGCGCAGGGCAGCAGCAAGGGCUGUAGCGGCAACAGCAAGGGCUGUAGCGGCAGCAGCAGGGCAGCAGGGCGCACAGGGCUGCAGGGCAGCAGGACAGCAGGGCGCGUAGGGCACGCAGGGCUGCAGGGCAGCACAGGGCUGCAGAUCCCCUCCCCCCACCGCUGCACCCGCAGCAGGGGGAUGGAGGAGAAGUGGGGGGAUCCCCUCCCCCCACUGCUGCACCCGCAGCAGGGGUGGAGGAGAAAAGGGGGGAGGGGGGGGGGGGCGGGGGGGGCUGGUGCUGCAGAUCCCCUCCUGCCUCCCUCUGAACCUCCAAGCUCCCCCCCCCCCUCCCAACACAGGAUCCCCUCCCCCCCACUGCUGCACCCGCAGCAGGGGGGAGGUAGGAGAAGGGGCGGUGCAGGAGCCGCUCGGGCGACAGCAGGUGCUGCAGGUCCCCUCCCCCCCUCUGCUGCUCCCGCAGCAGGGGGAGGUAGGAGAAAGGUGGGGGACCUGGGCACCGGGGCCGCGGUUAGGGGCGGCAGGUCGCGAGGGGCCAUGGCUAGGGGCGACGGGGCCAUGGCUAGGGGCGACGGGGCCAUGGCUAGGGGCGACGGGGCCAUGGCUAGGGACGGGGCCGGGCGCUGGGCAGGUACGGGGCCGGGCGCUGGGCAGGAACGGGGCCGGGCGCUGGGCAGGUACGGGGCCGGGCGCUGGGCAGGUACGGGGCCAGGCGCUGAGCAGGGACUGGGCCGGGCGCUGGGCAGGUACGGGGCCGGGCGCUGGGCGCGGAAUGGGGCCCGGCGACGGGCAGGUACGGGCCGGGCGACGGGCUAG